GUCAAACUCUGAGCUGCCAGUGGCACAUUUCCUGUUGUUGACAGGCAAAGAGAACAGCAGAGCCUGCGCUGAGCUGCGUGUAGGGACUCGCAUUUUAUCAGCUGGAGUGCACACAAGACACUCUGAGAGCACCCUUUCACAGGAAGAGCUGCUAUCACUUCUCAGAUACACAGACGCAGAGGAAGCACUGACACUGAACCACUUACCAACGGCCCAGAAAGAGGAGCUGCUCCACAGAUGGACUGACUCCCUCCAUCAAGAGUCUGACUGAUGAAAACAAGUGGGAUCUGCUUUGUUUUUUUGUUAUAUUUUCAUCUGAUCUGAGUGUAUCCAGGAGGUGUUAUGGUUCUGUUCUACAUGGGAUCAGAUAAAACCUCAUCUACAGUUAUGCAGCCUGAGGACCCUGUUCGCCAGGACAUGCAGUUCUACUAUGUGGGUGACCAUACGUGGGCCACCAUGCUGGGGCAGAGCGUGAGGCUGCAGCCGGUUUCCAUCCAAAGCCUCUCAGAGCUGGAGAGAGCACGUCUGCAGGAGGUGGCCCUUUACCAUUUGGAAAGAAGAGACUUGGACUUUAAGAUCAGCAUCCCUAGAGAGAUUCGUAAGAGGAGGAAAUCAUUACGGAGAAAGUUUGACUCCUUCUCAAAAGAAAAGAAAGAGCGAGAGUCUGCGGCCAAAGCAUUCGGUAUCCCUCUCUCCCAGGUAAUCGCAAAUGAUCGUGCAUACAAGCAGCGUCAGGAUGCUCUAAAAGAGAGUCGACGGGACUGUCUGGACCUGGAAGCCAGUGUUCUUCACUUCCGGGCCGAGAAAUGGCAGCACAAUGGAAACCGGCCAAUGGGCAAUGCAGCUUUAUUACCUGGUGCUGCCUCAACAACAGCAAUAGAGGUCCACAGCAAACCUCCCUCAUCAGCGUUCAUGGACAACAACUCACGCACACACAGACGGGGAGGGAUGUCUGUAGACUCCAUCUCUGAUCUGGUUGAGAGUCAGUCCAGACUACUGGAAGCUCUGCAGCUCUCCCACCCUAAUGAGCUGGAGAUGAAAAAGGCUGCUGGUCGUACACAGGCCAAACUCAGUCUCAACCCCAUCUACAGACAAGUUCCCCGAGUGGUAGAGCGCUGCUGUAACCACAUUCAGACCUACGGAUUACAAACUUUAGGGGUUUUCCGUGUAGGCAGCUCCAAAAAAAGAGUUCGUCAACUGCGCGAGGACUUUGACAUUGGGAUAGAUGUCGUCUUAGACGAGGAACACAGUGUUCAUGACGUGGCUGCAUUACUAAAGGAGUUUCUGAGGGAUAUGCCUGACCCCUUGUUACCACGAGAACUCUACCGGGCGUUCCUGCACGCUAACCAGUUGAGAGGGGCAGAUCAGUUGACAUACCUGCAGCAGUUGUUGUACUUGUUGCCACCCUGUAAUUGUGACACUCUGCUGAGGCUCUUGACGCUACUUCAUACAGUUCAGGAGAACGCAAAAAGCUCCACUGGACCUAACCAGCAGGAGAUCUCAGGUAACAAGAUGACGGCAGCAAACCUGGCGGUGAUCUUUGGGCCCAAUCUCCUGCAGAAAGAGAGAGGAUCAGAGAGAGAGCUCAGCCCUCAAGCUCUGGGCAUAGAGGACAGCACCGCCGUCAUCUCUGUCACCCUAAUGCUCAUCCAGAACCACCAAAACCUCUUCAUGGUGUCUGCUGAGCUGCAGCAGGAGGUGCUCAUGAGCCUCAUUCAGACGGACCCUGAUGUCAUUGACUAUCUGCUGCGCAGGAAACUCAGUAGUAGCAGCCUGACGAUGGAGACGGACUCUGGUGGACGGAGGGACACACAAGCAUCUCUGGACUCUGUGGGUCAGUCCAGUGAUGACCUUUCAUCCCUGGAGCCACUGUGUCCUCUUUAUCCAGAGACAUCUGCGAUUGGAAGUCUGAGCAGUGAGGUCUUCCUCAAUGUUCUCCAUCUUAACACUAAUAGGAAACGUUCCUCUGAGGUUCCACCCAAGUCCAUUGGUAAAAUGAGGCAGUUUCAUUCCCACCACAACCUGCUGAGUCUGGCCCAGUCUUCCUCUAAUGCACAGAGCGACGAAGGAGAGCUCCAGGAGCAGAGGCAGUGCGGUUCAAGACAGACCUGCUCAGAGGAGCGACUUCAUUUCAGUCUGGGGCGGCAGGACAGUGGCUCGCAACCCCAGAGUCCUAGAGAGAGGGGGAUCUGGGUGCGACAGAGCUCCAACGCCUCAUCCACGACGUCAGACGACAGCAAGCCGCCAAGCAACUUCUGGGACUUUUUCACUGGCAAGAUACCUGUUGUCAGAAGAAGCCCUUCGCUGCAAAACUUCCUCAACGACCAUUCACAGUCUGAGAAAAAUUAGGUGGAAUGGAAGACUUUGAAGAAUGGGAUAUUUUUGCUAACUUUUGAGCAUUUGGAGAACAUGCUCUGAACUCAUGGCAUCACUGAACCACAAGGGGGUGAUAUUUACUGGUGUCAACAUUACAUUGACAUUAAAGUUGCAUAUGACUAGGUCCUGUCCAAGUAUCUGAAAUGACUUAUAUUAAUGAUGGACUCACUCUGUUGGUUUGGAUUAAAAUUAGGAUUUCCUCCAAUAAGGGUGAAACUGUUCAGAGUGAACAUUGUCAUUUUUAUAGCUGGCAGUCUAAUACAAACUCUAAUCUCACUGUAAUACCAAAUCAACCUACCAAUCUUAAAAAUAAAAAAUCAUUUUUUUUUUUUUUUUUUUCAUGAUUUUAUAAAAUUUUAAAUUCUUUUAAAAUUAUGUAUUGUCAAGGUGCAUUCAGUAGUUCUUUAGCCAAUGUAGAAUUACUGUUCUUUGUGUAAUCAAGUAUUGGUGUUACGUGCUAUGGAGGCCACAAAAUAAUAAUAAAAACAAUAAAAGCUAAUCUCGACUUUUUAUCUGACAUUUCUGAUUUCUUCUUCUCGCAAUUGCAAGUUUAUGUCUCACAAUUAUGAUUUUUUUUCCCCUCAGAAUUGCAAGAUAAUGUCUCUCAAUUUAGACUAACUUGCAACUGCUUGUUUAUAUCUCACAAUUCUGAGAGAAAAAAAAAGUCAGAAUUGUUAGAUAUAAACUCGCAAUUGCAAAAAAAAAAAAAGGAAUUAUCCGAUAAAAAGUCGCAAUUAUACUUUUUUUUUUUUAUUAUUUUUUAAUGUAUUCUGUGACAGAAACAAUAAUGUGCCCUGCUACAAGUGGAGUUGGAAAAACGUAAAUACGACUUCCGAGCAAAUGAAUGACCGAGCAGUCAUAUUUACAUGUGGGGAAAUUUGGGAUUCUAGAUGAUACACGAGUUGCCGAGCUGUGACGUUGAAAGGGGCGUGUCGAUUUGAAACACUGCAUAAAUAUCAUAUAAUAUUCAUAAUCUAUAUAUAGGAAUAAGUGAGCGGAAAGCAACUCUGUAGUGAAUGGUCACUCAACAGUUUGCUCCACAUUUAGUUGUGAUACCAUGGAUAAAUAAGUGAUAGAAAUUAAUAUUUUUCAUAAUUUUAAAUUCAAAUGUAGUUAGUUGUGUUUAUUGUUUACAAUAUAAUUCUUUUGUUUUGUUUGUUAUGUUCCCCACUUGAACGCUUGACAUGUAAUGGUGAGCAACCAAUUCGGAUGAGAGGGUGCACGAUGAUCGUCUCUGAGUUUUAUGUAAAUAACACCGAUUCUAGUGAGUUUUAGAAAGCGGUCUACACAAUAAAUAAUUCCCUUACCUGCCCAACAAAAAGAAUAAACGUGGGCAUAGCUACUCAGGGUUUUGUCCGUCAUCAAAUCUUUCCACCUUUACGGUCGUUUUUUGUCUUUGGCUUCAGACAUUUUCUGCUUCUUCAUCCGUACAUUCAACGUUGUCUUCGCUUGUAAAGUACGAUAAGAAGUGUUCCGUCGUCGUCUAAUUUCGCAUCACCAAACAACAUUAUGCUACUAGCGUUUCUACCAGGUUUCUACAGAGGCGGCAGCCAAUGAGCGAGAGGAUAAUCUUCGUCGUUUUUCAACAUGGCGAAAUACAUCGAAGGGGUGACCCGCUUAAUACACAUUUAAAACUUUUGAUAGAAAACUAUUGAGCGCAAUCCUCAUUUCAUGUGAGUGUACAACAUUAAAAUGACUUAACAUAAACACAAUAUAUUUCUUAAUGUGUAUAAAAUCUUUUUAAUUAGCAUCAAACUACUGAAUGCACCUUUAAGAUGCAUUUACACUGCAUUGAUUGUCAAUCUCUAAACAGUAGAGUUAAGGAAAGAACAUUAAAGGACUAGCAUGAUAAACUCUUACUUAAAGUGUUUGCAAAAUAUAUAUAUUUUUUGUGAAAAGUUACCUUCCUGAAAGUGGAAGCUAUGAUUGCUUGAAGUCAGGUCAGUGUUGCCCAGUUUAAUGACAUCAUAAAGAAACAAGAGACCAUAUGAACCCCCUUGAGGUGGUUGAUGUGUUUUUGUUUGUUUUUAUUUGGGACAUGGUGAUCCAGUCCCAUCUUUCAUCCACACUGUCCACUCCACUCCAAAACCAGAUUAUUCAGCUGGUUUACAAUUUGUACAUUGCUUUAUCGAAAGUGCACUUUUUUCAAACCCAGUAUGGAAUAAACAUUGUUACAAUGUUAUGGGAAGAGGCGGAAUGAAUCACAACUAAUGUUAGCACGAUGUAGCAUUAGAUUGUGUUUGUGUCAUGUUUUAAUGUAGCUGAUGUCUGUCUGCUAAUGCCAACACUCAGGGUGCUGUUACUGUGAUCAGUGCAUUGACUGUUUCUAUGACUAGUAACAACUCAAGCUUGCAGCGAUAAUCUGAUAAUUCCAACAUUAUCACCCUUACAUUUUUGCUUCAACCAUCUCUCCACAUAACAUACAACAGACCUUGUGUCCAAAUAAGGGACGAAUUAGCAAAUGUAUAAAAAUGGAAAUGUCAAAGAAAAGUUAAUAUAACAUUUAUAAUUACACAUAAAUAAAUUUAUGAAAUAAAAGAGCCAAAAUAAAAGAAACAUUCCUUCCCCUGUAACUACUAGCUCACAAGCCAAUUUCGAAAAUAAAAUAUCCAGUUAACUCA